AUGGAACCAACUCUUCUUGGCAUCUAUUUAGAUGCUCGACGAAUGAUCCUCGAACUUCUCCUGGUCAGCGAAUAUCCUAUCCAGCCGAAUCAUGCCAAUAGAUCGGAAAACAAUACCACAACUCCAAAUUUCACCAACAUCUCAAGAACAUGUACCCAACUUCGAAACGAAGCCAACGUUAUAUUCUUCCAGAAGAACGAACUCUUCUUUGAUACAUCCACCAGAAAUGAAUUUCUUUUUGUCCCCCCUGAACUGACCUGUUACUUCUGUAUGUAAAUUCCAUUCACGCAUCUGACAUAAAAUCAAGUUGCGCCUGCUAAUCUUUCAAUCAAGCACCGCAAUUCCUUUCCAACUUCAAAGCAAGCCCGACAAAACUGCUCAUGGAGAAAAUUACUGUUUCCUGGCUAGAUGAAUCAGACUGGUUCGGCCAUGAAAAUAGCUUUGGUAGAUUGGAAGUUGCUAGCAAUGUAAUCGAAGCACUGAAAAGCACCAAUAAAGUGCGCAAGCUUGAGUUUCUCAUUCGCGUGCCACCGCACCUUCACCUUUGCGACGGGCACUACAAAAUCUUUCUCGAACAGGAAAAUUUGCCUCUAGUCCUGCGUGAGUCUAAGAGUACUGAUGAUUCAACCACAGCUUCAGACUCUGAGUGGCUUGGUCAUCCAUUAAUGCAUCGUCGGAAAUACCAGAAUCUUCACUAUGCCAAAACCCAAAAACACAACACGGACAAGGGGGAUUGGGAUCGUAUCUUCGCUGCUCUGGAAACCAUCAGAGAUCUCGACGUGGGAGCGACGGCAAAAUUUGAGGAGGUGAGCGAUAUGAUGAGCAAAGAAUACUGCUAUACUAUCCACAAAGAUAUCGAUUUUAUAUUGCCCAGGUUCGGUUCUCAAGUCUGAAUGCGAUUGGUUCGCGAUUCAGUGCAUUCGAGAGUCUAUCAUGAGACUGGAUCGUGGAGAUAACGUGAAGCAGCAGAAAGAGCUCUUGAAGUCUAUAGGGCAUGCUGCUGGUCCGGUCGAGUUAAAGUACUAG